AUGACCAAACCAUAUAUUGCUAUUUUGAAUGGAAUCACAAUGGGUGGUGGUGCAGGAAUAUCAGUACAUGGAAGAUAUCGUAUAGCUACGGAAAAAACAGUUUUUGCUAUGCCUGAAACAAUGAUUGGUCUUUUUCCUGAUGUUGGUGGUGGCUAUUUUCUACCACGACUUCCUCAUCCAGGACUUGGUUUAUUUUUAGCACUAACUGGAUAUAAGUUAUCUAGUAUGAAUACUGUAUGGGCCGGUAUUGCUACACAUUUUAUUCAUUCUAAAGAUUUAUCAAACUUCAAAAAUGUACUAAUGAAUCUUGAAUUAAAAUCUACAUAUAGUCCAGAUGAUAAACCAGAAUUUGAUUAUGCUAUUGACAAAGUAAUAAAUCAAUUUAGUAGUAAUGUGCCUAGUUAUUACCAUUCUUCAGUAUCAAAUGAUCUCCUAUAUAUUUUAGACGAUUUGUCAAAAAUAUUUUGCUUUUAUAAGAAUAAUGAUGAUGGCGGUGAUCAUGAGAUUCCAGUCACUAUGGAAGAUAUCCUUAUAAAAUUAUCUAAAUGUUAUCAGAAUAUAGAAAAUCAUGAGAAAGUCAUUCAUUGGGCUAAAGAAACUUAUGACAAAUUAUUGAGUUGUUCACCUACUUCAUUAAAAGUCACUUUACGUCAAUUACAGAUUGGUUCUAAAUUAUCGUUUAGUGAUGAAUUUAAAAUGGAAUAUCGCCUAUCACAGAAAAUGAUUAAAAAUCCUGAUUUCUAUGAAGGUGUUCGUGCUUGUCUUAUUGAUAAAGAUAACACACCAAAAUGGAAUCCAAAUAAUCUUACCUCAGUAGAUAUGAAUCAAAUUCAAUCAUAUUUCAAUCAACUACCGGAAAAUGAUGAAUGGAGACCUGAAUAG